UUGAAUAAUUACUGACCUAGUGUAUAACCUCCUUUCGCAGUAAUGGAUCGGAUUGCCUGUUACUCAAGCAACUUAAAGUUUAGUGUAGCGGAGCCGACGGACUAUGACUCGGUGUUGGCUUUCGUCAUCGAGCAUUACUACAAGGACGAACCAAUGAACAGUUCGUACAUCUACGACAGUAGCCCAGCGGUUGACGAUGUGGAGUUCUCCGUGUCCUUCCUGCUCCAGGGGAUGGCCGUGAAAGCCGUGGAUCCAUCAUGCGAGAAUCAGCUUGUGGGAGUAUCGAUUGCCAAUCCGAUUAACCAGGAAUAUGUGAAUGAUUUACUGGAAGCGGCGAAACAGGCCAAAACUGAAAAAUGGCGAGAUAGUUUGAAGCUUUUGGCUCACCUUCAACAGACGGUUAACGUUCUGCAACGGUUCAACGUACCAAAGUGCUACGAUAUUGAAAUUGUGGCGGUGCAUCCGGAUUACCGAGGACAAUCGAUUGGCUCCCGACUGUUCGAAGAGCAAUUUGCGAGGGCUAAACAACUAGGCUAUGCGGUGGCGAGUGCAGACUGUUCGAGCUACUACUCGGCUAGAAUUGCAGAAAAAGUGGGCAUGGAGUGCGUCGCAAGGCUUCCAUACUCGGAUUAUAGAGACGAACGUGGAGUUCAAUUGUUCCAACCGAAGGCUCCUCAUGUGGAAAUUCAAACGUUUGUUAAAUUAUUGCACUGAAAAUAAAUCAAACUAGGGUUACGCGCUAA